AUGUCUACACAAAUGGAAAUGUUAAUGCAAUUAUAUAUGAUGAACUUAUUGCAACAACAACAGCAACAAACUCAAAUUCAACAACAGCAGCAACAACACUUCUCAAAGGAUAUUAUCAGCAGUACCACAACAGCAUCCACAAUAACCGCAACAGCACCAAAUAAGGAAGAGCAACCAAACACAAGAACGCUUAAACGCAAUAAUUCGCAAAACACCAACUGUAGUAGUAGCAGUAGUUGUAGUCCCAAUAGUAAUUUUAGCCCCACUUCAUCCGCUUUAUUAGUCCCAAGUAUCCAACAGUUGCUGUUUAACAAUUUACCGCCAAUGGCAACGCAAAUGACGCAGCAGCAGACACCACUACCAACAAGUACGCCGUCAACAAAUUUAUUGCUAACACCAACAAUAACGCCAAAUUCCAUGUUGUUGACGACGGCAUUGUCUGCUAACCAGCAACAAGCGUCCCAAACACUGUCACUGGCAGCAAAUUGCUUAAGCAGCAACAGCAUAAGUAAUAAUUUUGCUCAAACCAAUAUCCCCUUGAAUAGUUCACAAAUUUUAGCAAAGAAUUUUAUUCAAUCCUCCACAGUGACAUCGACACCAACGGAGAAAAGUUCCUAUACGCAGGAAAUUUCAACGGUAGGUGAAAGCGUUAAAACCGCAGGCGAUGUUGUGGAUGAUGAGGUCACGCAGAGCGGCACAGAUGAACAAAUUUUAGCUGAACAGUAUGCUUGCGAAACAAAAGACCGGUUGACAGCUACCAAAUCUGAUGACGAUGAUGAUGACGGUGAUGGUGAUGGUGAUGAUGAUGAAGACGAUGAUGAGGAUGAAAAACCUUUGUCAAGUUUACUCAGUUCAUCUGGUAAUGCCAGUACAAAUGCAAGUAGUGAAAAUUCUGCAAAAUUGUUGUUGAGUUCAGGUGUGCACCCACUGGAGAGUACGAGUGAUUCACUGGACUCUACAUGCUUGCCCGACACUCCUACAAAACGUUUUGCAGAUUCUUCAAACUCGUUGCAGAAAUCUUUUACAAUUUACAGACAAACUACAGUUGAAAAUGAAGACUCAAAUGUGACGCCAAUAGGUCUUGCGAAUGCGAUAUUAACUCCACCCUCAAGUGAGCAGUUAACCGCGAAUACGUUCGAGUCCUCACAGUCAACGUUUGCUACUAGCGGUAUUGCCAGUCUUAGCGCUAUUACCACUUUAGAUGCUUUCCUACAAAAUGAGGAGAAUCUUAAAAAUUUAAAGAAAGUAUCGUCGUACUUGGAAUGUGGUAACAUACAGUGCCAGCAGGAAAAUUUGAGAGAACACUUUCACUGCCAUGAAGAACCUUGUGAGAGCAAAACUCUUAGUAAGAAAGAUGAUAUUAUUCGUCAUUUAAAAUGGCACAAGAAACGCAAAGAAAGUUUAUUGCUGGGAUUUGCACGUUUCUCCACAUCAGAUAAUUGUUCAUUAGCAUAUGGCGCCGGUUGCGUUUAUAACUAUAAACAAACACAUUAUCAUUGUGUAUUUGAUGAUUGCACAAAGGUCUAUGUUAGCACCAGUGAUGUGCAGAUGCAUGCGAAUUUCCAUCGCAAAAAUUCAGAAAUUGUCCAAGAAGGUUUUCGCAGAUUUCGUGCACACGAAAAUUGCAGAAUUGAAGAUUGCCCAUUUUUCGGUAAGAAAAUAUCGCAUUAUCACUGCUGUCGUGAGGGUUGCAACCACACUUUUAAAAAUAAAGCUGAUAUGGAAAAACAUAAAACUUACCAUUUGAAAGACUCACAGUUAAUACAAGAUGGUUUUAAGAAAAUUCUUAAAACCGAAAGUUGUCCUUUUAAAGGUUGUAAGUUUUCUUCAGUCUGCAAUCAUAUACACUGCGUUCGCGAAAACUGCUCAUAUGUGCUGCAAAACAGCAAUCAAAUAAUUAGUCAUAAACGCAAACAUGAACGUUUGGAUGGUGAACAAGCCUAUCAGAACUUCAAAAAGAAUAAGGAUAUCAGUGAAGAAGAACCAGCUAAGCCAUUGUUAUGCACAAAUGUGUCCACUCCACUGUCCUCACUUUCUGCUGAGCAAUUCCUUGCACGUAAACGUGGACGUCCACCAAAGAAAAUUCAAUUACCAAAAACUGAUACAAAAGACGUCAAACGUGUUAAAACGGAAUCCGAUCAACAAAUUCCUGAUCAACCGUUUUCUUCUUCAACAUUAACGAACCCACUUUCAGCAAAUUUAUUUGCACCGUUUUUACCAAAUUUUAAUCCCGCCUUAGCAGCCGCUGCAGCCCAAAGUCUUCAAUCGCAGGAUCUCAGCGCUCCCAACUUUCAGUUAACGCAUUUAAUGGCACUCUUCCAGCUCCAAAAUCCAUUAUUCUAUCAAAAUCUCUAUCCUGCUGGUAUGGCUGCAGCUAACCUUGCUAAUAUGGCAAGUAUGUUGGGUGCCAACUCUGGAAUAUUACCCCAGAGUGCUUCUAUUUUUGGAAAUGUGAAUGCUUUUAAUGCGAGCGGCGUUAAUGGCAUUAAAACAGAAUUGAAUGAUAAACAACAGUUCAAGGAAUAAAGAGGUAGGAAAAGUCAGAUAGGAAAGUAAAAUGAGAUAUUUGAGUUUUUGGUGCUAGGUUUUAAAACAAUAUUAAAUAUAUUAAAUAUAGUGUAGAUAUUUUUAAAUUCCUUAAAGGGUUUUAGUGUUCCUAAAAUUUAGUGCAAAAUAGCUUUCUCUAAUAGUUCUUUGUAUAGGUCAAAAUAAAAUAUAUU